GGUACAGCAUGGAGCAACAAUGCCACAGCUUAGAAUUACACAUUAUGUCACUGCCGUUUUUAUUUUUGGAGUCUUUGACAAAGCUCUAACAGCAGUGGUCCAAACACAGCAGACUGUGCUGGCAGCAGUGGGAGAAGAUGCUGAAUUCAGCUGUCAGCUCUUGGAGACUAAAGACGUCCUUCAGGUCACAUGGCAGAAAAUCUCACAUGAUGUGGAGACAAAUGUUGCCACGUACAGCAAGUACUAUGGUCAGAGAGUGAAUGAUGGCUUUACAGAUAAAGUUGAGUUUAAAUACACUGGACUACAGAACUGCUCCAUAGUCAUCAGGAAUGUGACAGAGCAGGAUGAAGGCUGCUAUCACUGUCUGUUUAACACUUAUCCUGAAGGCUCCCUGACAGGGAAACCCUGCCUCCAUGUCUUUGAGCUGCAUGAACCUGCUGUUGAUGUCAGAGAGUCAAACUCUACUGAAGAGUGGGUUGUUUCCUGUUCAGCCACUGGUCGACCUGCUCCCACUGUAACACUCAGUGUCUCACAACAAGACCUCAGCUUCUCACAGUACAACACUGUCAGUGUGUCCAACACCAACGCUACAUUCACUGUCACCACUACAGCUGUGCUCUCAGGUUCACGUAAACACAGCACACAGGUGGGAUGUGCAGCACGAGUGCUCUCUGCUCCUCACAGAGAGGUGAUGGUGACGAUUCCUGAUGAUGAUGAUGAUGAUGGGUUAAAUGAGACAUCAGGAUCUAAUCAAAGAAAUUUAGUUCUCAGGAUUUCAGUCAUGGUUGCCUCUGUGUUGUUGGUUGCCUGUGGCUUUUUAGCUCCACUCAUCUUUCUCCAGCUCAGAAAGAAAACUCAGAGCAGGCAUGAAACACCUUCAGUCAACCAAAGUGAAAACAGGCUUAAAAAGCGGAGACCUGAGAGAAACCAACCAAACCACGAUCCAAGCCUUUCACCUUCACUUGCACAAAGACUUACGUUUUAAGAGCAUUGACUUGUUUUUUGGAGCAGGGUUUGCAGCUAGAUGUCCGGCUUUUCUGGACGGCACACAUGUUUAAAUGGACAGCUAGCAUGUUCUGAACUCUUUUUUUAACUGGUCUUAAUCAGUUAAAACUGAAUUUACAGUAACUAAAGUGUCUGUUUUCACUUCCAUUUCCUUCAGUAAUCAGUGUCCUCGCCCUCUUUGUCUUUGAAAACAAAUUAGUGCCAGUAUUAAUUUGUACAACACUAAUGAUUCACUUGAUCUUUGAAAAUGUGCUCAAAUGAUUUCAAACACUAGAUGUUAGCGGUGUAGCAAUUCUGUAAAACCUUUAAUACCUCGAUUGUUUGAACACAACUUUUGCCGAUACCUCAAAAUUUCUUUAGGGUGAAGGUAUAAAAAAACAACAAAACAGUAUAACUGUUUUGUUACCAGAGGUCUGAUCACUUGAUCAGGACUGUAUCAUGUGAAUAAUUUCUAUGUAUCUUCAGUUUACUUUCUGGAUGUACUUAAUUUACAGAGACCAAGUUUUGUGUGCAUCUGUAGUGUAGUGGGUUAUGCGCUUGAUUGAAGAGAAGAAGGCCUCUGAUUGGCAGCUCACAUGUUUUUUUUACUCAGGAAGAAUUUUUGUGUUUUUCAAAAGUGAUUGAAGUGAUUGAAGUGAGAGUUUAAAGUUGACUUGUUUUGAAAUUUCUCUGCUUUUUCACUUUUACAGUGUGAUGUUAAGAUUUGAAACACAAACCCAGAAUCAUAUUGAUGUGUUGUGAUUUGCUUUUUUAAUGUAAAUUCUUUGUACUA